AUCUACAAAGGAGCAUACCGAUCGCCAUACACGCUGACAAAAUGGGCGAUUACAAAAGGAAAAUCCCCAUCUAUAACGAUUACGAGAAAAAGAAAGAUCUGUUAAAAUAUUCCUUUUUAAAAGAUGGAGAAGGAGAGGAGGAACAAAGAGACCUCCAGAAAAAACACCCGACGGAGGAGGUCCAAUUUAUUAGUAAGUAUCACAAAGGGCAAGAAGAACAGAAGGACGUUUUUCGAGAAGUAAAGAAAAGGGAGAACAUGCGGGAUAUCCUGACCCACCGCCGGGAUUUAAGUUCGUCUAUCAACAAACUGAAGGAAGACAACAGCGAGAGGUACUACGCCCACGAGAAGAAGUUCCCCUUCCUCAUCGACACGACUGUGAAGAAACCAGAUAUAACGAGAAGCAUGCAAGAUGUGCUAAAUAACGUCUAUGAACAGGAUAAUGCUGAAAAAAUUCAAUUAUCCGAGGACAUUAAAACCAAAGCGGUGUUGCUUGAAAGGAGGAAGGAACUGUUUCUUCAGGAGUUAAGUGGUGGCGAGCUUGUGGACGUCCAUGCGGAGCUGUUUUUAGACCCACAGAAAGAUUACACGUACGCGAGAAAUGGGCACGCAUAUGUGUGCUCGCGGGGAGGGGCGGUACACCCGUGAAUGUUGACUCUGAAGAAUUACGGGUUGGGGCAGUCCCCUUCCGAUUUUGUUUUUUCCUACCCACAUGUUAAAGCCAAAGGAAGAGGUGGAUAUGCUACCGAAAUGGUGAAGUCGAACAUACUGAAAAACAAAAACGAGGGAAUCACAAAAAGGUUAAACGUGCACAAUGUAGAAGGUAAAGGGCAAAUUUUGCGAAUGAAAGUCGUGUUCUUGAUGAAAAACAGACUGAGAUAUAUUAACCACACCAGAAAUAGCCACUUCGUAGAAAAUUAUCUGAACGAACGCCCGCGAAUUGUUUUGAGGUACAAAGGAUUUCAAAAAAGGCUAUAA